UUUUUCCCUUUUUUUCUUUUUCUUUUUCACCAGAUAUGUGGCGAUCGUGGGUGGAUAGGAUAAACACUAUCAAUAAAAUAGCUGAGGAGCCUCAGUUAUCAAAAGAAGAACAACUCAAACAAGAAAAACAGCAGGAACAUUUUCGUGACAGUUGGCAAAAGUGUACAGACUUGAAUUCAAGCGACGAGCAACGAUCUGACAUCUUCUUGCUCGAGUUACUCCCGCUGUUUUGCGAAACACAUGAACAGUUUGGCACAGCCUUUACCUUUAGCAUAGUGCCAGACGAUCGCGCUUUCUUGAGUAUGCUUACAAAAGAGAUUAUUGCGGGUAUACGAAAAAUACCUGAGCAUCAGAGUAAAUCAGAAUCAAGUCAAGCAUUGAUGGAUAAUUUGAGAUCUAAAUCACAUUUGUACAAUGUGAUACGAGCUAUUCAAGUCGUUUGUUAUGGACCUGAAGCCAUUGUGAUGUUGAUGAUACAACAGAGAAUUCCUUCUAUCAUGAUCAAACUCUUCCGUUCUUUUAUUGAUCUUUCCGUCGACUAUUAUCGAUAUGAAAAAGAAGGCAUGGUCACUAUUGAGGAAACAGGCGACAUGAUGACCAAUAUCUUGAAAGGGUUUGUCAAGAGACAGACCGUGUUGCAUAGGUUAAUGACAGAAGAUACAUUAUUAACCUUAUUGCGCAUCAUUUCAGCCAAGCCUACAGAAGACCAAGAAGCUUAUUUGAUAUGGAAGUCGCGUACGGUAGAUAUUUUGACUAGUGUGGAUAUGAAUAGCGAAGUAUGUCAAUAUUUAUAUCAACGCCACUGUGUGGAAUUGUUAUGUCGACUUUGGCGUGACCAUACAGAGUGGAGUGUGGUAGAUCACCGAGAAUUGUUGAUGACUCUGGAUAUAUUGUAUCAUCAACUGAAAGGAUCAGCCAAGAUACAGUAUUGGAAACUAUUUGAAGAGAUGAUAGAAGCUUCCGGAUAUGAGACUCUGUGCAAGGUUUUAAGGACUGGGCCCUUUGAUCAGCCUAUGCUUCAGUUAAAAGUAAGCUGUGUACAUUAUAUGCUUUGGCUUAUGCUUGCUAUAGAUAGAAAUUGUACAUAGAUUAGUAGAUUUGAGUUUUGUAGGUAAAAUAAGCCCUAUUCCUUCUGUUUCAGAUGGGCUUCCAUAUCAACAUGCAGGUAAGUAAACACAUACUUG